AUGGCUUUCAACUCACAACGUACAUUUAGAGGCAGAGCUCCAACUUUCCGAUUACCACUUUCAGUUCUUCGUGUGUAUGAAACAUGGGAGCCUAAAUCAGAUUUGAAAGAAACUUCUGAAGCUUAUUCUCUUCAUGUUUAUCUUCCUGGUUAUACAAAGAAUCAACCGAAGAUUACAUUGCAGGACGCAUCACAAAAGUUAAGAAUUACAGGUGAACGACCAAUUCCAGAAAACAAAUGGAAAAAAUUUGAUCAAACAUAUCCUGUUCCAGAAAAUAGUGAUGUAGGGACACUUGAAGCCAAGUUUGAACAAGAAACCCUCAUUCUUAAAAUACAAAAGAAACCCAUUUCACAAUCACAAGUUGUUCCUCCUAAUCAAGAAGUGGAAAAAAGUCAACAAGAUCCUUUAAGUAAUGAGGAUUUAGAUGAAACAAAGCUUAAAAAAGUCAAAGAGACCAUUCAACCAACACAAUCUUCAACUAAAUUUGAAGAACCAGCUCAAGACAUGAAUAGUGAUUCGCCUCAAACUCAAAGCAUUGAGAAAAAGUCACAAGAAACUAUUCAUGAUGACACAUUGACUCAAAUUGCUAAAGAAACAAUUAGCAAUAAUGAGUCUCAAAAGGGUUUACAAGAGUUAGAGCCAAAACCAACAUUUAGUGACACAACGAAAUCACAAGAGACUAUUCAUGAUGACACAUUGACUCAAAUUGCUAAAGAAACAAUUAGCAAUAAUGAGCCUCAAAAGGGUUUACAAGAGUUAGAGCCAAAACCAACAUUUAGUGACACAACGAAAACACAAAUAUAUGAAAAUGUCCAACAAAAAUUUGAGGCAAAACCAACCUUCAAAGACACGACUAAAAUACAAUUUGAUGAAAAGGCUAAAAAAGGUCAAGAGGAAUUUGAGCCAAAACCAACAUCCAUUGAGAAAACCAAAACGCAAAUAGAUGAAAAUGUUCAAAAGGACCAAGAAGAAAUUGAGAAAAAUCCAACAUUCAAUGUGAAAACCAAAACACAAAUAGAUGAAAAGACUCAAAAUAAACAACAAGAAUUUGAGAAAAAACCAACACUGGUUGAGAGAGUCAAAACACAAAUAAUUGAAAAGACUCAGAAUGGUCAAGAGGAAUUUGAGGCAAAACCAACCGUCAUUGAGAGAAUUAAACAACAAAUAGAUGAAAAGAUACAAAAGGGUCAGGAGGAAUUUGAGCCAAAACCAACAUCCAUAGAGAAAGGCAAAACAGAAACAAAUGAAAAGCCUCAAAUUGGUGAAGAGGAAUUUAAGAAAAAACCAACAUUGAUUGAGAGAAUCAUAACACAAAUAGCUGAAAGGACUCAAAAAGGUCAAAAGGAUUUUGAGGUGAAACCAACAGCCACUGAGAAAAUUAAACAACCAAUAGAUGAAAAUGUACAAAAGGGUCAAGAGGAGUUUGAGCCAAAACCAACAUUCAUUGAUAAGAUCAAAACACAAAUAGAUGAAAAGGUUCAAAAAGGUCUGGAAGAAUUUGAGAAAAAACCCACAUUUAUUGAGAGAAUCAAAACACGAAUAAUUGAAGAGGCUCAGAAAGUUCAAGAAGAAUUUGAGGCAAAACCAACAUUUAUUGAAAGAAGCAAUACACAAAUAGAUGAAAAGGCUCAAAAGGAUAAAGAAGAAUUUGAACCAAAACCAAAAUCCACAGAGAAAUUCAACAUAGAACAAAAUGAAAAAAUUCAAAAGGGUCAAGAGGAUUUUGAGCCAAAACCAAUAGAAAAGGUUGUUACUAAAGAGAACUUAGAGAAAAAUAUAGUGAAAAAUAGUGACAAAGAUGAUGAGGUGAAAAGGAUCUUAGACAAGGAAGAAACUGAAGACAAAGAUGAGAAGCCUUAUGAGUCAAGCAAAACUUUAAUAGGUGUGAAGAAUCAAAACAUAAAAGAAAAUGAAAUUGAAAAAAACGAACUUCCUACUCCAAAAGUUACAAAAACUCCAAAGAAAUCUUUCACUGGAAUUUCUCCCGUGCAAGAAGAGAAGAAUGAAAUCAGAGAAUUAGUUGAUGCUUCUUCUCAAUUUGAAAAACCAAUGGCAAAAGAAAAAUGGUGGAGUGAUGAGAGACAUCUAAUUGAAAAUGCAAGUGUUGCAGUUCUAGUGAUUGUUGCAUUUGGAGCCUAUAUAUCAUAUAGGUUUUCCUCUUGA